GAGCGCGUGCGCGCCGAGGUUCAAUUGGGAGCCGGUCCACGACAAACCGAGCCGCCAAAAAGCUACUGUUCCUAUGAUCAUAAUACAUAAUCGUAAUCCCAGCACCCGCUGCUCCGACUAAUCGCCUCCAUCUUGCCUCUGCCAGCCCUCAACUUGCGUCAUCUUUCUCAAAGGAAGCACCUGUCCCUGCGCUGGUCUGCGGUGCCGCAUUCAAUCCGUCCCGAUUCCGUCCCUUGGUCCGUCCUUAUCGCCAAUCGAGCAGCCUCUCCAGAUCAGCAAAUCCAAAUACGCAAUCGGUGCCUUAUCCCCCCCAACGAUUGCCACCCAUUUGACACGAAAAAGACCACGAUCCGAAGGAGGAAGAAGAAGAAUCAACUAUAAUUUCAAAACAUUUUUUUUUCUGGCGCUUUCAAGAGAUUGCAUCAAUCCCGUUAGGAGCAGCAAGGCUCCCCGUCAUAGCCGCCCCCGAUGGCGGAUUCCGUGGAUCGAGUCUUUGUCCAUGCCUUAAACACGGUCAAGAAGAUACCCAAGACUGGAGCAUCGCGGCCGCCCCCUUCCGAGCGGCUACGGCUCUAUGGCCUCUACAAGCAAGCCAUGGAGGGGGAUGUAGAUGGUGUUAUGGAGAUGCCCACGGCUGGGUCAGGUCUCGCCCCGGAUGAGCUGCAGAAAGAGCGGGAUAAGUGGGAUGCAUGGAAUUCACAAAAAGGACUGACCCGGACUGAGUCCAAGAGACGAUAUGUCGAGGCGCUAAUCGAGACGAUGCACAAAUACGCAAAUACAUCAGAUGGGAGGGAACUCGUUGCUGAGCUUGAGUUCGUCUGGAACCAAAUCAAGGACAACGCUGCCAGUUCCGAUUCCUCAUCAGCCAACCCAAGCGACCCGUCACAUGUUUUCCACCAGCCUAGGAGCGGCAGUGAUGGGCCUAUGAAGAUCCUCAGCCCUAUGAGUGAACAGGAUAUCGAAUUCCGAUCCCGUAGGCAGAUUGACGAGGAUGACGAAGACGCAGUGGCUAGGGAUGAAGAAGAACGUCAGGUCAGCCUUCAGAACAGCCGGUGGACAAGGAAGAUGGAGCGAGCCAUCACCAAGCUCACCGCAGAAGUUGCGGCGCUCCGCGAACAAAUUGCCACGGGGCGGGAGUGGAAAUCGAAAAAGGAGAAAAGCUUCCCUUCUUGGAUAAGAUGGCUUAUAUUCGUCGUCAUGAAGCACCUCUUAAUCGACUGCGUUGUUUUGUGCAUAAUACUCGUCUGGAUGCGGAGUCGAAAGGACCGACGGCUCGAAGAUAUUGUACGAGCGGCACUACGGCUUGUCAGGGAAUAUGUCAGAAAGAUCCUCCCAUCCAGGUGAACAGAACAGGGGCAAACAGCCGGCUAUACAUAAACCUUGGCCAAAAAGAAAGCGUCCAGGGAGAACUAUCAUAUUGUACUAAUGCGGACCAGAUUCCGCGACUUUCCAUGCCCCGUCACGAAAUGCCAUGCACAUAUUUAUUUUCACGAUUGAGAAUUCAUCCCAAGUCAAAAUCUGUCUAUUUAACCCACUACCGAACCAAAUACCUGUUGUCUCUAAUUGCAACUGCUUGGACUAUAUAACAAAUACUAUCUAUCUAGACUAUAGAGGCCAAUAUAUAUCCAG